AUGAGGAUUAGUUUUGUUUUAAUAACCAUAUUUGGUGCUAAUUCUGGAGCGGAAAACUGGGGUAAAACAAUAGACGAAUGGCUGAUAUGUUCCAAUGGAAAAUUCCAGUCUCCAAUAGACAUUAACACAAGUCAUCUGUUGUACGAUCCUAAUCUUGAUCCGUUUUAUAUUAUUCCUAGAAAAAUACAUUUGAUAACAUAUAAUGUUGAUCUCUAUCAUAACUUGUCGCAAGCUUUAGAUUCAUUCCAUGGAGUUGCUAUCAUCGCUAUUUUCUGCAAGUAUGGUGUUCCAAGUAAUGAGGCUUUUCAGCUUAUGUCAAAAUAUACAGAGAUUGUUAGACUAAAAGGUCAGACGACAACAAUAUCCGGAAUACCAUUAGAGAUUCUAUUUCCCAAUACUGACCAGUAUGUGACAUACCAUGGAUCACUAACAACACCCGGGUGUUCAGAAUAUGUCACAUGGAUUAUCCUAAACCGCCCGAUCAACGUCAAACAAGAACAUCUUGACAGAUUCCGUCAUCUUAGUAAGGGAAUACUGGGCGGUCCAGAGGCAUACUUAGAACAUAAUGUAAGGCCAGCUAUGCCUUCUUAUGACCGGCUUAUCAAAACUAAUAUAAACUUUUAUCAAAAGCGUUGCUAUGACAACCUGAAAUAG